AUGAUGCUCACUGAUUUUUCGGACAAAGCAAAUCUACUGGCAUCAUCUGAUGAUUUUUCAACAACACCUUCUGUUGUUCCGGAAGGUGUUAAUCUAUUUUGGAGUUCUCUGAAUGUCACAGGACCCGAGACAAAACCAGCAACAUUUUUCGAAAAAUUGAAAAUCGCCCAGAAACCGCCGAAACGUGUCAAGGAGAUUUUGCAUAAUGGUUAGUUUUGGUGUCAAAAAAUAGAGGAAAACAUUUGCGAUUUUUUACAGUUUCCGGAAUGGCAGAAUCCGGCAAAUUGCUGGCAAUAAUGGGAAGCAGCGGAGCCGGAAAAACGACUCUACUCAACGUGUUGACUUCCCGUAACUUGGCCAAUUUGGACGUGCAAGGAACGAUUUUGAUCGACGGAAAACGAGCGAAUAAAUGGAAAAUUCGAGAAAUGUCGGCUUUUGUUCAACAACACGAUGUUUUUGUUGGAACCAUGACAGCUAGAGAACAUUUGACAUUUAUGGUAGGUCAACGGGUUUUUUUUGUCAAGCCAUAAUUGAUUUCAAAAAAUCGCAAAUUUCAGGCUCGCCUUCGAAUGGGUUCACAUUACUCAGAUUACGAGCGAAAAGUGCGUGUCGAACAAGUUUUGACUCAAAUGGGACUUCAAAAAUGUGCGGAUACAAUGAUCGGAAUUCCAAAUCAACUCAAAGGAUUAUCAUGCGGUGAAAAAAAGCGACUCGCAUUUGCAUCCGAAAUUCUGACUUGCCCUAAAAUUCUGUUUUGUGAUGAGCCAACUUCAGGAUUGGAUGCUUUUAUGGCUGGACAUGUUGUACAAGCAUUGAGAAGAUUGGCUGAUGGUGGAAUGACUGUUAUUAUUACAAUACAUCAACCAAGUAGUCAGGUUUAUGGAUUGUUUAAUAAGUUAGUUCUAGGAGGGAAAAAUUCGGAUUUUUUGAGACCAAAUAAGUCUAUACUCCUUUAAAUUUGCCACGUGAAAGUGCACAUAUCUUUUUUCAAGAAUUCAAGUCUAAAUUUGAUUAGACUGACAAUCCGGAAUUUAUUUCAAGCCUAGAAAAUUUGCGAUUUUUCGAGAAUAAACUUGCCUAUGUUCCUAUAAGUUUGCCUAACAGAUGUUCCCGAUGGCCGAAAAAUCUCAAACUCUUCAAUUUUCCAGCGUGUGCCUAAUGGCAUGUGGCCGAAUAAUCUACCUCGGCCCCGGUGAUCAAGCAGUUCCCCUAUUCGAAAAAUGCGGUUUCCCGUGUCCGGCUUAUUAUAAUCCAGCUGAUCAUUUGAUUCGAACAUUGGCUGUUAUUGAUAAAGAUAGAACAACUUCGCUGAAAACUAUUUCGGUAAGCGAUUUUUGGGGUCUAGAAAGUUGA